CUAGGAGUACGUGUCUGCAUGUACGGGGAGGUAACCGCGGUGCACCAGUAGUACAUUGUACAUAUAAACAAGGAGUAUCCUGGCGCAAUGGAAGCCCAGAUCAGUGCCAUCCUCCAUCACGAGGUAGAAGAAGCCUGAGGACUACCCUCGGCCGGCGAUCGACAGAGCAAGAUGAGGACGCCGCGGGGUGUCUCGUCGUCGUUCCUUGCCCUCUACGGGUUCCUUCUCCUCGUCGCCGUCUCGGUGGCCGCGACCGGCUACGCCGCUUCGCCGGGGGAGAGUUCCAACGGUUACGGCGCUGCAGCCGGUUCGAACGGCGGCGGCCAGGAGGGAAGCUACACGGUGCCGCCGUACCAGAAGUCCGUGGACGGCCUCGACGAGCGGUACUACGAGAGGUCGUGCCCGAAAAUGGAGGAGAUCGUCGGGACGGCCGUGAUGAAGGCCGUGAAAGCCGACGAGACCCUCGCCGCCAGCAUCAUCCGCCUCUUCUUCCACGACUUCGCCGUCGGGGGCGUGGACGGGUCGGUCCUGGUAGACGUGCCCGGGCAGAGCGAGAAGUACGCGGAGGCGAGCAGGACGCUGCGCGGGUUCGAGCUGAUCGAGGGGAUCAAGAAGGAGGUGGAGGCCAAGUGCCGCGCCACCGUCUCCUGCGCCGACAUCCUCACCGCCGCCGCUCGCGACGCCGCCUUCUCGGCCGGGGCGCCCUACUGGUCGCUCAAGUACGGGCGCAGGGACAGGAAGGACUACUCCAGCGCCGAGGCGGCCGACCGCGACGUCCCCAUGGGCGGCCAGCGCGUCACCGAGCUCGUCGCCUUCUUCGAUACGAAGGGUCUCAACAUCCAAGACCUCGUCGCGCUUUCCGGAGCUCACACGAUCGGGCGCGCGACGUGCGGAUCCGUGAGGCCGGGGCUGUGCAAGCGCCGGAAGGCACGCACGCUGGACCGGCAGUACGGCGACUUCCUGCAGCGCAAGUGCCGCGCCGGCGGCGACGCGGCGGAGGCGUACGUGGAGCUGGACGGCGAGACGCCCACGGCGUUCGACAACCAGUACUACAAGAACCUGCUGCACGGGAAGGGGCUGCUGGACACGGACCAGGCGCUGCUGGCGGACUCCCGGACGGCCGGGUUCGUCAAGUCGUUCGCGUACCAGAAGCCCCAGGAGUUCGCCCACCAGUUCGCCAAGUCCAUGCGCCGCCUCGGCGAGGCGCAGGUGCUCACCGGGAACGAGGGCGAGGUCCGCCGCAAGUGCUCGGCCGUCAACUACUAAUGAACCAUCGUCAUGCACGACCGAUCGUACUAUUUCAGGCUUGUUGGGGGCCAUGCAUGUCCGACAGUGUGGGCUGCGAGCUAAACGUUUUUUUUGGGGGAACCAUGUGUAUUUUGUGAUACUACCAAUGUGUGGUGAGGUUGUUGAGCAAGAGUUUUUCACGGAAGAGGUUAGUGUUGAUUUUUUUUUUCUUC